AAUACAAAAAUCUUACCUAUUACUAAAGAAAUUAGAUGAUUUUAAUAUUCAUUUAAGCUUAAAUAAUUUCAAAACUUUGUUUAAAACAUCUAAAUAUACAUAAUAUGCCCAUAUAAUGUUGAAAAUAUAGGUCAUAAGGCUUGAAAUAAACGUGACAAGUGUGUCGAAGUAAAGCUAACUUCAUGAAUAAAAAUACUUUCUAUGUGAAAACUACAUAAUCUAAUCUUUUAUAAAGUUCUGUUAUGUUUAAGAACAUGUGAAUUAAUCACUUGUUCUUGUUUUAAAUUCUACACAACUUCUACUAAAUGUGCUUAUUACUUUAUUCAUUAAGUGAUGUCUGGACAGAAAUUAAUAUCAAUAUAAUAACUACACAUGAAUACAAUCAUCCAUUGUGCUGCUAAUCAUAGUUCUAGAAUCAUGGCUGCUAAAAAGCUUAUUUACCCAGCAGCCGAUCGCAAUAAGGAACCAAUACUAUCGGUUUUCCGGCAAUAUAUUCAACCCGGUUCGGAUCAAAUAUUUUUGGAAAUUGCAUCUGGUUCUGGACAACACGUAGCUCAUUUUGCUCCCCAUUUUCCUCAUAUUACAUUUUAUCCUUCAGAAUGUGAACUCAGAUUGUUAGAAAGUAUUGCUGUAUAUGCAAACGGAUUUGCAAAUAUAAAACAUCCUUUAAAGAUAGAUAUUACUACAGAUUUUCAUACGUGGAGCAAUGGAAUUUUUAAAAAAUCUAGUAUUGAUUAUAUAUAUAAUGCAAAUAUGAUGCAUAUUUCACCAUAUGAAUGUUCCAUCGGAUUAUUUGAAAAUGCAGGUAAAUUGCUAAAAGACAAUGGUUUUAUGUUUACAUAUGGACCUUAUGCUAUGGAUGGGAAAAUAACACCAGAAAGUAAUGUUAAUUUCAAUAAAUCUUUAAAGUUUCAAGAUCCAAGUUGGGGUCUCAGAGAUAUUAAAGAUUUAACAGAAUUGGCAGACAAAAAUGGUAUCAAACUAAUAAACAUUGUUGACAUGCCUGCUAAUAAUAAAACUAUCAUAUGGAAAAAAAUUAUCUAAUAAAGUUAA